AUUUUGACGCGAUCUGUGAUCCGUGCGCCGAACGGCCACAGCCGGAUCCUUCUCGUUGCCUCGCGCGAAAAUUUUCUUCUUGGCGCGCCUCUCUUCCUUCUCGCCCGUCCUGCGCGCCAAAUUUCUCAUCCCGAUCCUGGAGCCCGCCAGAAGAAACCUAGGCCCGCUGCCCCCAUAAAUCCACAGCAGCAGACUCCAUCUUCCACCCGUGCGACUUGCAGGUUCCUUGAGCACCAACAUGGCUGGCCAUGGGAGGAAGAAAGCGGCGCCCCCAUCCCAGGUGAUGGACGGACCAGACGGACAAGACCCAAAAUAUGGCGCCCCUCCCCUGCCGAUGGGGCGACCUAAAGCUGCCGCAGCAGCCGUAGCGGCAUCGAACGCUUGGUUGGCUGGGCAUGCUGCCGCUAGAUCCGAUUCUUCCCUUCAAGUUGAUUGGGGAAAUGAUGUUUACCCACCUGGUGGUUUUGUAAAUUAUUUGAACAAUUCAUCGAGCUUCAGUCUUCCACAACAAAUUCCUCCUCCACCAGCCAUGACACAUGGUGCUAAUUUCGCGGCACCGCUGACAUUUGCAUCUCAAAAGAAUCCAAUUACAGCAGUGAAGAAACGACCCAAACGUGCCCAUGUUGAAAUUGCGGAUGAUGCAGGAGAAGGUAAAACUAUGAAGAGAUUGCCAUGGACAUCAGAGGAGGAUGAUAGAUUGAUGAGUGCUUGGCUCAAGAACUCAAAUGAUCCUAUCGGUGGUAAUUUCAAGAAGAAUGACAAAUAUUGGGGAGAUGUGGUCGCGGACUACAAUAGCAACACCCCCUCAGAUCGCAAAAGACAAGUCAAUCAAGCUAUGAACCGAUGGCAUUGAGUUAACAAAAUGAUAAAUAAUUUCCAUUCCAUCCACGGGGAGAUUAGCGGUGUAUAUGCUAGUGGGCAGUCCAAUCAGCAAUUGAUGGAGAAAGUCCACAAAGCAUAUGAGAACAGACACGGAGGACCAUUUCUUCUGGAAAGUACCUGGCAGGUUGUUCGUCACUAUCCGAAGUGGUCUACGUACAAUGCAGAACUGAAUGGAUUGAAGAAAAUAGAUGUGGCCGACCUGGGGAAGGCAGAGGAUCAUGAGGCAGCUGAUAGUGAUGAUAUCCCACGGCCUCCAGGUACUAAAACAGCUAAAAGAGAUGGGAAUGGCAAUGACAAAAGAAAGUUGAAGUCAGAGGAUUUAGAAGAGCUUGAGAAAUUCUUAGAAGCCCAAAAAGAAGCUACUAAAAGUCGCACGGAUGUCCUUGAGGUUCAAAAGCGUAUUGCAGCCGAUAAACUUGAGUCGUCGAGGCUCAUUCUCCUUGCAGCGAAGGAGAACAAGGAGGCAAAAACAAGAGGGAAAAUGCUAGAACAGUACGGUAAAUUAUUGACACAAGAUAUGGCAGGGAUGACCGAGUUUCAGAAAGCUGAGCAUGCGAUUGCACUUAAAUUGAUGCGGGAGGAGUUAUUCCCCAACGCUCGUCAAUAAGUUUGGAAGGAACCUGUUCCUGUUUGAUGAAUGAAGAGAGAAGAACAGCCAAUGAAGCAAUGUGGUUCAUGUCCUAGUACUGAUGCUUCAGGAGUGCACAAGCUUGUUUUUGUUUUGUUGACAGAAGUAGUUAUUAUCAAUAGAUUUCUGUUGGUCUCGAGCUAGUUAUUUAUGUAUGUCAACUUCUUGCUUAAGUACUUCCAAAAAUUGUUUUCUAAU